AUGGCAGCAGCAGUCAGCACCUCAGACUCGAUAUUCGUCAAAGCCUUCAACUCUCCUCCUCAAACCCCUCCCAAGAUGGCCGUCGAAGGAUCUGGAGCUUCAUCACCGCUGGCGGCAAAGCUCUCCGUCUUUUCCUCAGCUACGCCUUCCUCUGCAGAACUCGAUGCCGCUUCACUGGAAACUGCCGCCAAGGUUCUCCAGAUUAUUGAUCGUUAUCGCCUUCGCAAAGGCUCUAGCGAAACCACAAAGGCUGAUGAAGGUGCUCUCAAAUUCUUGGCCCUCAUCUACAGCCAUGUCAAGGCUAAGGAAGUUAUCCCCAUGUGCCUUCCGGCCUUUCCUUUCAAAUCUCCCAACUCAGUCUCCAAAGUGCUUGGAAAGCUUCCCGACAGAGCCGAGGAUUUGGCACUCGCCCACCUCAACGGCAUUUGCGCGUCUAUCCAGCGCGUAUACGCCCCUGGCGCCAAACUCACAAUCAUCUCCGACGGUCUGGUAUACAAUGAUCUCCUAGGAGUCGCAGACAAGGAUGUUUGGGCAUACGGAGAGUCGCUCCGUAAACUCGCUAUUGAGCGGGAAUAUACAAACAUUGCAUUCUGCCGUCUGCGCGAUCUCGUCAACAUCGAUCUUCCAGACGAGCUAGACGAGAUUACCUAUGUUUCCAACGCAACCAACUUCCGCCGCGCUUUGCUGAACCGAUUCAGCCGACCAGACUGGAACUGGAAGGAGGUCAGCCAAAACGAAGACGUUUGCCUCACAUAUCGGGGCUACAUCAGAUUCCUUGAAACCGAUCUGCAGCAUGUAUACCCAGUUGGCGAGAACCGUUCCAAGACGAAAUUCAAGCGCGGUACCGAGGCUAUUGCUCGCGAAAUGUUGGCUCGCGGCGAGGCCUUUGCAAAUGCGGUUCGCAAGCGAUACGGUGACUACGUCCGUCUCUCUAUCCACCCUUCCACUGGCGCCACCAAGCUGUCCAUCAGCCUUCUGCCGACGACCAGCACCUUUACAACUCCCUGGCACUGCAGUGUCGCAUACAUGCUAGACGGAACUGUUACUAGUGGAAUGCGCUCCGACUUGGAAAAGGACGAAAAACUCGAGCUGGUAUACGAGAACGACAGACCCAGCUAUUUCCGUGAAAAGUCUGAUCUCUUCUCCUGGGCGGAAGAAAAGGGCGGCAUCGAAUGCAAGCCCAUUUAUCCUUCUGGGUGGAUGAUUACCCCCAAGAAGGGGCCCAAGGCGUUGGCCUUGCCUGACAUUGAUGCCAAAAAGGUUCGCACCCUUGCCGAGCACAACUCGCCCGUCAUCAUGCGAGGCUUCGCAAACACCAUCAACCGCGAUUUAUAUCUGGAAAAGGCCCACGAGUUUGGCACACCCCUCCCCUGGAAGUUUGGUCUAAUCCUCGAGGUCAAGGAUCAGGGCGCCAACACUGCUGGCCUGAACAAUGUCCUGUCAGCCGAGUGGAUGCCUUUCCACUUUGAUGGACUCUUCAAGACGGUCAAGCAGAUCAACGACAAGGGCGAAGAGUCCCUCGUGUCGGUGCCACCCAAAUUCCAGUUCUUCAUUGGCGCCUCUGCCUCUCCCAAAGACACGGGCUUUACGCUCUUCUCCUCCUCUACCAACUUCUUCAGAUGCCUGCCCUCUUGGGUCGACAUUGAGGACCUCAAGACCAAGACCUGGUCUGUGCAGACGUCUUCGUUUGACGCGACUGCCAUGACGGGAAUCCCUCUGGUUAGCUCGCACCCGACGACAGGCAAGCCAUGCCUGCGAUACCACGAGCCCUGGCCUUCGACCAAGACGGCAUUCGAUCCGACACAUGUGGCCAUUGAGGGCCUGUCAGAGGCUGACAGCGCAAAGCUCUGCGAGGCCAUUGACGAGACCCUGCAUGACCGUCGCGUUGCCUACUACCACGCCUGGGAAAAGGGCGAUGUGGUUGUCAAUGACAACAUCCUGAUGAUGCACACUCGCAGUGACUUCCAGGGUGGCUGUGAUCGUGAGCUGUGGCGCAUUCACUUCGACUGA